CCCUCAAAACGAUAAAAGGUCUUAUCGGUUCCAAGAAGACAGAGAGACGGAGGGAAACAUUGAUACCCCAAAUCAGGGACAAGAAACUGCAACCCCGGGCUCAGAAAGUGACAACUGUGCCCUCGUCUACCACUGUUUCUUCACCUCAUAAUCCCCCACCCCUCCCAAUUUCCCCUCCCUCCCUCCCCACCCUCAGACAGCUUCAACCCAGCUUGAGGAUGCUGCUCUCGCUCCUGCCUCUCUUAUCUCUUCUCCACCUGGUGCUCCCGCAGAGAAUCGUCUUUACAGCCGUGACCGACACGGUCCUCCCUCCCGACUACGACAAUAAUCCGACUCAGCUUAAUUAUGGAGUGGCAGUCACUGAUGUGGACAACGACGGAGAGCUGGAGAUCGUGGUGGCCGGAUACAACGGUCCGAACCUAGUGUUAAAGUAUGACAGAACCACGAAGCGGCUGCAGAACAUCGCUGUUGAUGAGCACAGUUCUCCUUACUACUCAUUGCGCGAUCGACAAGGCAAUGCUAUAGGCGUAGCGGCCUGCGAUAUCGAUGGUGAUGGACAAGAAGAAAUAUACUUUCUCAACACUAAUAAUGCCUUUUCAGGCAUGAGCACCUACACUGAUAAGCUCUUCAAGUUUCGGAAUGGAAGGUGGGAAGACAUCCUGAGUGAUGAGAUCAACGUGCACAGAGGAGUUGCCAACCGUUUUGCUGGCCGCUCAGUCGCAUGUGUGGAUCGGAAGGGCUCCGGGAAAUAUUCUGUCUAUGUGGCCAACUAUGCCAGCGGCCAAAUAGGCCCCCAUGCUCUCAUAGAAAUGGAUGAAGCUGCCAGCAACCUGUCGUUGGGAAUCAUUGCACUUUCCAAUGUGGCAGCGGAAGCAGGAGUUGACAGGUUCACGGGUGGCCGUGGAGUUGUGGUCGGGCCUAUCGUCAGCUCCAGCAGCUCCGAUAUAUUCUGCGACAAUGAGAAUGGGCCGAACUUCCUCUUUAAGAACAACGGAGAUGGUACUUUCACUGAUAUAGCAGCCCAGGCUGGAAUCGAUGACCCUAAGCAGCAUGGCCGUGGACUGGCACUGGCAGACUUUAACCGAGAUGGGAAAGUGGACAUAGUUUAUGGCAACUGGAUGGGACCACACCGCUUCUACCUGCAGACCAGUGUGAAUGGAAGGGUCCGAUUUAGGGAUAUAGCAACACAGGCAUUUGCAACACCUUCGCCAGUUAGAACUGUGAUUGUGGCGGACUUUGAUAAUGAUCAGGAGCUUGAAGUAUUUCUCAAUAAUAUUGCAUACCGAGGGUCUUCUGCAAACCGCAUAUUCAGGGUCUCUCAACGGGAAGGGGCAGACCCAUUGAUUGAAGAGCUAAACGCAGGAGAUGCCACAGAGCCAACAGGACAAGGAACAGGCGCUGUCGCUACGGAUUUUGACGGUGAUGGAAUGCUGGAUCUCAUCAUUUCUCAUGGGGAGUCCCGGGCUCAGCCCCUUUCUGUGUUUAAAGUAACCCAGGGCUCUGACAACAAUUGGCUGAGGGUCAUUCCUCGGACCCAGUUUGGUGCAUUUGCCCGUGGGGCCAAGGUGGUGCUGUACACACGGAGAACUGGACCUCACCUCCGCAUUGUCGAUGGAGGCUCUGGGUACCUCUGUGAAAUGGAGCCGGUGGCACAUUUUGGACUGGGUAAGGACAUUGCGACUCACCUGGAGGUGACCUGGCCUGGUGGGACAUUCACCUCCCGUGCUGUUGCCCCAGCUGAAAUGAACUCCACGAUGGAAAUCCCAUUCCCAGACCAGGACAGUCAGACCUUAAAUCUGGAAAUCGAGUGUGGGGAAGGCUUCACAGUUGACAGAAAUGGUCGCUGCACAGAUGCUGAUGAAUGUGUGCAGUUUCCACUAAUGUGCCCCAGGGAAAGGCCCAUCUGUAUCAACACAUACGGAGGCUACAAGUGUCGGCCGAACAGGAGAUGCAGUCAUGGUUAUGAACCCAAUGAAGAUGGAACAGCUUGUGUGGCUCAAGUCGCUUAUUUUGGGAAAGACUCAUCAGGUGCAAGACUCUCUGUCUAUCUCUAUCAAACUGCUGUGCUCCCGCUUGGUUUAAUCUACUGGCUCCUUGCCUGAGUCCUGAUCCUCGAUGUACCCCAGUAACUCUACAUCCAGAACCCACGGUCUUCCACUGCCCAAACUGUCGACAAGUUGAACAGAAUUCGAAAGAACUCGGCCGAUGUUCAGUCUCCGCAUCACCGCUGUCCAUGCACCUCACAGUCAAACUCCAGAUGAAAAAGCAUCCAAGAAAAUGUUCUGAUUGAGUUAUAAAAUCCUUGCAUAGCUCUGUUAUAGGGAAAUCCCAGACUCCACACACCCUGGAUUCACACACCCAGGUGUUUUAUCAGAAUUUGGCUAUAUGAUAUCGUAAUGAUAGACAGCGAACAUCCAGAGAAAAACACACGUGUGCAUACAAACACACAAUCAUAUACACACAAACACACAAUCAUAUACACACAAACACACAAUCAUAGAUACACACACAAUCAUAUACACACAAACACACAAUCAUAUACACACACAAUCAUAUACACACAAACACACAAUCAUAUACACAAACACACAAUCAUAUACACAAACACACAAUCAUAUAGACACAAACAUACAAUCACUUACAAACACACAAUCAUAUACACAAACACACAAUCAUAUACACAAACACACAAUCGUAUACACACAAACACACAAUCACUUACAAACACACAAUCAUAUAUACACAAACACACAAUCAUAUACACAAACACACAAUCAUAUAUGCACAAACACACAAUCAUAUAUACACACAAUCAUAUACACACAAACAUACAAUCACUUACAAACACACAAUCAUAUAUACACAAACACACAAUCACUUACAAACACACAUUCAUAUACACAAACACACAAUCACUUACAAACACACAAUCAUAUACACACAAACAUACAAUCAUAUACACACACACACAAUCAUAUAUACACAAACACACAAUCAUAUACACACAAACACACAAUCAUAUACACACAAACACAAUCAUAUAUACAAACACACAAUCAUAUAUACACAAACACACAAUCAUACACACACACAAUCAUAUACACACAAACACACAAUCAUAUACACACAAACACACAAUCAUAUACACACACACAAUCAUAUACACACAAACAGACAAUCAUAUAUACACAAACACACAAUCAUAUACACACACACAAUCAUAUAUACACACACAAUCAUAUACACACAAACACACAAUCAUAUAUACACAAACACACAAUCAUAUACACACAAACACACAAUCAUAUACACACACACAAUCAUAUACACACAAACACACAAUCAUAUACACAAACACACAAUCAUAUAUACACAAACACACAAUCAUAUACACACACACAAUCAUAUACACACAAACACACAAUCAUAUACACACACACAAUCAUAUACACACAAACAAAUGCACACAACAAAUAAGGACAUGCAAACAUUCACAUGCAU